AUAUGACACCGGGCUUUCGCCACCCUUCCUUCAUCUCGAAUCCAAAGAGAAGAAGUGAGAAGAGACUACCAUCGGAAAGCCACCAAAGCUUUCUUUGUUGAAUAGUAAUUAGUUGGUGUUUGUGAGUGAAAGUUUUUGGAAGAGAUGGCGGAAGAGCGGAAGCAGGAGGUGGAAGUAAAAGAUCGGGGUUUGUUUGACUUCAUGGGGAAGAAGGAGGAGGUGGAGAAGAAGAACGAGGAGGAGGUUCUGGUCGCUGGAGUGGAAAAGAUCCACAUAGAGGAGGUGGAGAAGAAGGAAGAGAAAGAGGAGGAGAAGAAGGAGAGCUUGUUUGAUAAGCUCCACCGGUCUCACAGCUCCAGCUCUAGCUCGUCAAGUGAUGAGGAAGAAGGUGAGGGAGAGAACAAGGAGAAGAAGAAGAAGAAAAAGAAGGGAUUGGUGGAGAAGAUCAAGGAGAAGAUCGGCGGUGAAAAGAAGGAAGGAGAAGAGGAGAAGCAGGCCGUGGUCGAGCAGGAGGUGGCGGUGGCCGCGGCCGCGGCCGCUGUGUCCUCCGAAAGCGAGGACUCCACAGUCAAGGUGGAGAAGGUGGAGGAGAGUCUCAAAGUAGAGGGAGUCUCGGAGGAGGAGAAGAAAGGUUUCUUAGAAAAGAUAAAAGAGAAGCUCCCCGGCCACCACAAGAAGUCAGAGGAGGCCACCACCCCAGCCGCAGAGUGUGCCGGCCAUGGGACGAAGGAGCAUGAAACCGAGGGACAUGAGGGGAAAGAGAAGAAGGGCAUACUGGGGAAGCUAAUGGAGAAGUUGCCCGGCUAUCACAAGAAUGGUGGGGAGGAGGGUGAAAAGACCAGUGCUGCCCACUAGAAGGAAAAAAAGCUUGAUACAUAUCCUUCUUGAUGCUUGAUUUUGGAUGUUUCUCUUUAUCAUGAUAUAUUGUAUGUUGGAUUGCCACUGGUGGUUGUUUGUUGGUAUUUUUAAGUUUGUUAUCUGUUGGUCCAUCUUGGAUAUAUAUGAUGUGAUGAGGUAUGCUCUUGCUUUUUGUUGUUAUUUUUUUGCCAGUAGGCAAGAAGGAUACCGGAGUAUUGAUGUACUUUUUUAAGCGUGUAUAAAUUAAUGCCUACUAGUGAUAUAAUUGUUUGGUAUUGUUUUUGUUUUA